AUGGCCGACUCACCGGCAUCGGGUGCGGCAACGUCGGAUGCAGAGCCCAUGAGCUCUCCCGUACGGAAGUCAUUCGCGUCGCGCGCUCCUGAUUUCGAUGAUGCAUCGCGAUUGACUGAUGCUCCUGACGAGGCGUCAGAAAAGUCGUCUCGCCCCAAGGGCAAGUCAGCUGGAAAAGACAGAGACAAGGACAAGGACAAGGACAAAGACAAGGAAAAGGAUUCUCAACCGCAAUUUGGUAAAAUUCGCCAUUUGAAGAAAGAAGACGGGGAGCCUCUCUGGCGAGAGGAUAUUCAGUACGAUUUUCUCAAGGCUGUUUUCGAUGACGAGCAAAAGGUCUUUACGAAUUCCUACGACCCAGAAGGACUCGGCAAGCAAACCUUUGCGGACCUGUACAUCGACACCAUGUCACGCAGCACAAAGACGAGUAAAGUUCUGCGUGAUAAGCUCCUGAGUGAUCGAGAGGCAGCCAAGGGGAUGGCCAUGGUCUGUCUUCUAGUCAAUGUCGGACGCAUGAACACCACCCUCAAUUUCUUCCCAGAAAUGCGCGCCCAGCUACGAACCUACCACGCGAUCCCGUCGCUGCAAGCCCACCAGGACCCCCACGCAUACAAACAGCUUCAAGAUGCACCUCGAUUAAAAUCGAUCCUCAAGGGCGGUGCUGAAGAUAGAGAUGAACCCAACUCUCUGGAUAAGAUUAAAGAACAAGACAUUCCACGGACGAACCCUGUCAACCUCAUCUUCGUCAUGUGCAACGCAGCAUCCAAAGUCGCCGAGUUGCAUUUCCCGCGCCAUCAUGAAUUCCACGAUCUCGUCAUGAAGACGCAUUAUAGCAGCACGAGCCGUGCCAAGGCCUUCCUUUGGCUUAUGUGGUUCUAUCUCGAGUCAGAUUUCACGGAGGAGGGCUGCGAGGAGAAUCCGUUCGGGGCAGGCGUCGACUAUGGUCUAGGCGUUGCCAAUCAAGGUGUCCCAAAGCUGGAGAAGAUGACGGAUGAAGAGAAGAAGAAGGAAAACAUAGAUCCCGAGGAGGAGUUGGAGUUUGGCCGCGAGAAGCAAAAGAUGCGAGCCAAGAUUCUGGAGAUGGACCAAGCUUACCUCAAUGAGAGGGAAAACAGACGCGGAAAGAUGAGACUUCCUUUCGCGGAAGAUGGCCCGGCAAUUUUACCACGCAUCAGACCGUCGAAGCACGAAUCUGAUAUGGAUAGCACAAGAUCGACACCCCCUCCGAAGGGGCCGAGUCGCGCAUCAGCUGCGGGUUCGACCCGCAGGGGAGCACCGCUCAAGUACCAGAUCAUUGAAGGCUCUUCCCCAGCUCGCGGCACAGAAGGCGUUAUGGCCCGAAAGCCGCGUCCCCCAACAGCUCACCAGCUCGCCGUGGAGCGCAAUAGACAUGAGAGGGUCGAGUACAUUCUUGAACGUGGGCUACGAAGGCAGCACCAUAAGAGCCGCAAACUGAGGAGGCAACAUGGGGCCGUGUUCCAGGCCUACAGGCGUGCCAAGGCCCAUGCUGAUCCUCUUGAAGAUAGUGAUAUGGAUGAGAACAGUCCCCGCAACUUGCAGUCUUCCCGCCAGCCCUUCCGUGAGAGGGGAAUAGGAGGCCUAAGUCUCCUGUCAGCUGAGAAGGAUGACUUUGGAGAGGAGGUCUUCUCCUACGCUGCCGCACUACGACGUGCGAACCGACGAUUGGUCCGAUGGGCUGACCGCGAUGCGGCAUUGGGUGUCGUGGCGCCCGUGAAGAGAAAGAAGCAACCUGGAGAGGGAGACGACGGUGAUAAGACCGUGUUAGGCUUAGGGCAUGAUGGCCUGUCGACUUCCAUGUCGAAGCUGAACGGCGAUGUCAAUGGCGAUGUUUCCAUGCUUGACAUGGAGCUUGAAGACCAGACAGCUUUAGGGGAUGAUGAGAGAGUGGAUGAGGACAUGGAUGAUCCCGAUCGGACUGAGGUAAUGGGCGACUCAGACGCAGAAUAG